AUGAAAGUGAUCACCAAAAUUCUUGCCAACCGGCUGAAGGGGAUUCUAAGUGCUGUGGUCUCGCAAAAUCAAUCAACUUUUGUGGGGGGAAGACUGAUCCAAGACAACAUCAUUGUGGCUCAUGAGGCUUUCCAUGUAAUGAAACUUCGAAAAGGGAAGAUGGAGGAUGUAGCGAUUAAAGUGGAUUUCAACAAAGCUUAUGAUCGUGUGGAUUGGAAUUUCCUAAAGGCCUUGUUGGUAAAGAUGGGAUUUCAUUCUCAAUGGAUUCAAUGGGUGAUGGAAUGCAUCACCACAGUUUCUUUUUCAAUUGACCGGGUUGCGAAUUCGACGGGGUUGUCCAUCGUUGUCACACUUGUUCUUUGUGGAUGA